UAUACUUAUUAAUUUUUUAGAGUCAGCAGAAGUCCACAAAUGUCACCUAUCAAGCACAUCAUGUCUCAAGAGACAAGAGAGGGCAGAUUAUGGGCCAGAGGGGUGGUUUUAGAGGAUGCACUAUAUGGUUUACAGGGCUGUCUGGUGCUGGAAAAACUACCAUUUCGUUUGGUGUAGAAGAUUAUUUGUGUUCUUUUGGAAUUCCAGCAUAUGCACUUGAUGGAGAUAAUAUUCGACAAGGUCUUAACAAAAAUUUAGGAUUCAGUCCCGAAGACAGAGAAGAGAAUAUCAGACGUGUAGCAGAAGUUGCGAAAUUAUUUGCUGACAGUGGUGUAGUUUGUUUGUCUAGUUUUAUAAGUCCAUUUGCUAAGGAUCGUACGCAAGCACGUAUAAUUCACGAAGAAUCUGGUCUUUCAUUUUUUGAAUGUUUUGUAGAUACACCUUUAGAAGUGUGUGAAUUAAGAGAUGUCAAAGGUUUAUACAGAAGAGCUAGAGCUGGAGAAAUCAAAGGAUUUACUGGAAUUGACUCUGCUUAUGAGAAACCUGUUCAACCUGAUUUAACAAUCAAAGCAGGAGAACUAACUGUUCAUGAUUCUGUUCAGCAAGUGAUAAAAUUGUUAUUAGAUAGAGGAAUUAUUCCAGAAACUGUAUUAGAUACUGUGAAAGAGUUAUUUGUACCUACAAAUAGAGUUAGUUCAGCGCGUAAGGAAGCCGAUGCUCUUCGAGGAUUAGAAAUCACAAAAGUUGAUUUGCAAUGGGUUCAAAUUUUAAGUGAAGGAUGGGCCACACCUUUAUGUGGAUUUAUGAGAGAAAGAGAAUUUUUGCAAAGUCAACAUUUUGGUUGUCUUUUAGAAGGUGGUGUUGUGAACCAGUCUAUACCUAUAGUACUGGCUUUAUCUAAAGAAGAUAAAGAAAGACUUGAAGACUGUUCUGCAUUUGCUCUUCGUUACAAUGGAAAAAGUUAUGCAAUUUUGCGAAAUCCUGAAUUCUACGNGCUUCAAAAAGAGUGA